AUGGCCUCCGCCCGCCCCCUCCUGCGCCUCUCUUCGGCUCUCUCUUCCGCCCUCGCCGCGCGCACGCCCGCCCGCACCGUCUCGCGCAGCGUCUUCCAGCCCGCGCCCGUUCGCCGCGCAGUCGCCUGCUACCAGCGCGGCUUCUCGACGACGACGAUUGCGCGGCGCGAUUCCAGCCAGUCCACUCCCGCCCAACCCACCACAGCAGGUUCUGGCGAACCAACAGCGCCCCGCGACCCCCCGCCCAGCUACGAGCUGCGCUUCACGUGCAAGCGCUGCCAGACGACGUCGGCGCACCGCAUCUCGAAGCAAGGCUACCACCACGGGACGGUGCUGGUGGGGUGUCCCGGGUGCCGCGAGCGGCAUUUGAUCAGUGAUCAUAUGAAGAUUUUCUCCGACGGCAGCGUCACAGUCGAAGACCUCAUGGCGCGGAACGGGCAGCACGUCAAGCACGGCUCGCUGAGCGAAGACGGCGAUCUCGAGCUCUGGGACGAUGGCACGCAGACGCGGCGCGCCGAUGCCGUGAAGCCGGUGCAGCGGGAGCAGCAGUCACAACAGUCACAACAGUCACAACAGCAGCAGGAGGAGGAGAAGCCUUACGGGUCUACGUUCAAGGGGGAAUGA